AUGUCCGACGAUGGUGAUGAUGAUGGCGACGACGAAGAAGACCAGUCGGUGUCUGCGCCAAUAAGACCAGAAGUCCGACUAUCCACGAUAUCGAAAGCCAGCGUGGUUCGUGACGAUGCUGAAGGGGUAGAGCUCACUCUGCGGCCGAAUGAGAAUGUCACAUUUCUAGGGGAGUAUGAUCUCGAGGUCUUGACGGGCCUUGUGACCGUCUAUGGAGCAGUGCUUCACCCCAGCCGCGGCGUGCAAAGGAUAUAUGCACCGGCUGUGGCGCCUCUGCCAGUCAUCCAACCUUGGAAGCAAACCGCCACAAUUCGGGUGACUUCUGUAGAUUUUGGACUGCAGAGCAUUGAGAAUUUAUCGCCACUCUUCCGCAAUUGCGGCGCCAAAGAUCUGGCCCAGAAACGAUCAUUCGCUCUGAUGCGCACGACGGGCGACGACUCUAUGGCGAGAAGCUUAGCACCGCUUGACAUUGACGAAGGCAUCAAGAAAGUCCGUCUAGAGCCGGAAGGACCGUCCCCUAGAAUCAUGGCUGUUGGACCUAAGUCAUCUGGAAAGUCUACUUUCAAUCGCCUUCUUUGCAAUAUGAUCACAAGCCGCGCAGGUAAAGCGAAGUCUCGAUGUCUAUACCUUGAUCUAGAUCCUGGACAGCCCGAAUUUGGUCCUCCAGGUCAGCUCGCACUUGUUGAAGUCACAGCACCUGUCUUGGGACCACCGUUCACGCAUGCUGCAUCGACGCGCAGUACAGCUUAUCGAAUGAUACGAUCGCAUACCAUAGCGGCGACCUCUUUCAAGGACGACCCGGAGCACUAUAUUGCCUGCGCUGUUGAUCUGGUAAAUCAUGCUGCGAAGGAUGUGCCUGUAGUGGUGAACUCUUGUGGCUGGGUCAGCAACCUCGGCGCCAGUACGAUGGUGGCACUGGCUUCAAAGCUAGCCAUUACAGAGCUUAUUCUCUUUGAACCUGUCGACUCGGACCUUGCGCAUGAGUUGGCUACGAUCACAGGCAGUAGCCCGAUCCGUAUACCUCGACGAUCGCGACAACAAGCAUCUCGAACACCAGCAGAGCUGCGCGCAAUGCAAACCAUGACCUACUUCCAUCAAAAACCGACUGGAACCACAACGAAAUGGAUCUCAAAACCUAUCAGCAGUAUCCGACCCUGGAUCGUAGCUUACGCAGGGCAGAACCCGGGAAUCACUGCGAUCCUGAACUACGGACACGCACCACAUCCAGACUACCUCGAAGAAGUCCUCAAUGGUACCAUUGUAGCCAUCGUAGUGAUUGAUCCAUCCCUCCUCGACCCAGACGAAAUACAGCGUACAACAGUCGAAGACCUCCCUUACCUCCCACCCAAGGACAACUUAGGCUAUACACCUCCUCUGGACCCACGACGAAGUCACUGCAUUGGCCUAGCACUGGUACGAGGCAUUGAUGUCGAAGCGAAAGCCUUACAACUUGUCGCCCCUCUCCACGAAAGUGCCAUUGCAGCGAUUAUGGAUCAACGUGUAGUUUUAGUCCGAGGUGGAUUCGACUGCCCCGAUUGGGCUUACAUGGAGGAUCUGUAUUCGAACAAGGAUGCAGCUGCCAAUCUCGACGACGACGUCGAAGAGAGACCUUGGCUGAGUCGGCAAGGCGAGCAACAAGUAGGCAUUGAAAGCGCAGUCUGGAGAUUGAGACAUCCGCCCAUGGCUAAGGAUGUGCGUUGAUUUGCGAUUCGAACUGAGCACAUACAUAUAUCAUAAUGUAAGGGAUGUAGGUAUAGUUAAGAGUCACAAUGGUUCUUUU